AUGCGUUUUGUGGGUGCCGCCAAAGAUGCCUCUUAUCAGUGCAAAACCACAUGUACUGAAUCCAAUCUGGAAGAAAAAGAAACCUCUAUAUGGACAUGUCGUGUUACUGGAAAGUCAAAUCUCACUUACCGUGAAGCACUGAAAACCGAGGCAACCGCGAUUAAGACGUUGAAAAAAUGCUUCCCGAAAUUUUUUGAAAAAACUAUUCUAGAGCGUAUUCACUUAAGUACUUUACCUCUAGAAUCUCUGGUGCACAAUUGCUGGACUGCGAUACAUGAACAGUUUCAUAUCGCUGAACCUGUAAAACUUAAAGUUGACUCUGCUUCCAGUAUACCCAUACGUGGAAUCAUUGAUGAUAUAAUUAAAUCUCAACCUGUACCGCCACCUGUUCCAGACAAUACUUCACCAAAUAACAGUGAUAAAGAAAAUGUUACAAGAAAGAAUUCACCUGUCAAAAAAGAUUAUGCAUACAGUAUUAAAGUGCUCGCAGACAUCCCAGUUGUCGUACAUGAUAUUCCAGCUUGUUCAAUAGAUCGUGUCAGUCGUGCACCAUCCAAAGAACACAUUCGGAUGUUUAUUCGCAGUCAUGCUAUGCGUUACGGUCCAAAUUUUACGGGUCCAUGGAUUGUAAACGAAGAGCUUCUACGACGUCAUAAGAUACCCUUGAAAAGCCCUGGAUUUCAAGUUGAUAAAGUCAAGUUGAAACAAAUGUCAAAAACCCUUGAGGAGGAGUACUUCAUUCGCAUUAUGAAUUCACGACGUCAAGCCAAUGGAGAGGGUACAUCUGAAGAUGUUUCCACUAGCACACCACUUAAUUUCAAACGUAUCAAACGCUUUUCUGUACUUCGUGAUGAUAGCACUAGUAGACAAAGGGAGGAGAAUGAGGACGACCUACCAUUGGCACAGUUAAAAGAUCGCAGUCAAGCUAAACAAUCAUCAUCAGAUGAUGGCAGUAAAAAGAAAAUGAAACAGGCCACUUUGUUUCAAUUUGGUAAGAAGGAUUCUUCUAAGGAGGAAGCUACAGACUCAUCAACUGUCAAUCGUCCUAAAAAGAGUGUAUUACCUCGAGUUGCUCAACAUCUUAUAAAAAUGUUUGAAGAAAAUAAAGAUAAUCCGGCAAUUGAAAAUCAAAUAAAAGUUUGUGCAAAAUUCAUCACUGAUAUUGAUCUGCUGAAGUUGCCAGUUGAAUUACGUGAUCGUGUUCGAGAAAAGAAAGAGGAGUUCGAAUUCAGAAAAAAAUUAAUGGCUAUGACACCAGCUGAGCGAAAGGAAGCACUUCAAGAAAUGAAAGAAAAACGGAAAAUAGAGCGUAUUCAUGCCAAUAAGUUAAUUGAUGAUUUACAGCUUACAAAAUCUCUACCUCAAUGUCCCUGUUUACCUAAACCUUCUAAGCUUGAAUUCCCUACUGGUUUUACAGAAUCCCUAUUUGGACGUUUACUAGGAUUAACAGAAUUUUUCCACAUAUUCCAUAACCUGCUUGUUGAAGGAUCUAUGGACGAUGCUGAUGCAGAUAAUGCAGCUGACAAUACUAUCGUCUCUCCGGUUGACUCUUUGGUACCUAGUUAUGGUGAACCCGGGUAUUCUGAUGACGAUGAUGAAGGCAAUACUGAUGAAGAGGAAGGGGAGGCAGAGUUAACUGAGUCAACUGCUCCACUUCCUAAAAUAUGCAUCAAGGCCUUACGUCGUCUUGGAUUGAAACGUCUUCUCAAUGCUAUUACAACCAAUAAACCAACAGUUGGUGCAUAUCGAUCAUUAGCUCGCCCACUGAGUGUACUAUUACGCUUAGUUUUGAAAGAUGAACAGUUAAGUAAAAAACGUGAAUUGGGAAUAAAACUUGCCAAAUUCCCUGUUACACCGUAUACAGCGCCUGAACUGCUCAGAUUGACUCUUCUGCAUGAGGUUCCAUUGAAUCAUUCUCCUAUAGUUAAAUCAGAAGAAUUCUUAAAACACGAUAAUUCAGUCACAGAGCUCAAGCAGUUUGAACGGAGCACUGUGAUACAACUCGUGCAUCACUUAUCAAACUCUGAUCUGCAUGAACUAUUUCCGGAAGCCCGUGUAUUAGCUUUAGAAUCAGCUGUUGAAAAGAUUUUCGAUCUUGAUCUUAUUGAUGAUCAUAUUAUGGCAUGUCAGCGUCGAGCAACUGAAGCCUAUCUAAAGAAGAUUCAGGUGUUACGUGAUAAGAAUAUACGAAAGAAGGACAAGAAAGAUAAUGCAGUCGAAACUGGCAAAGUCAAUGGUACACCAUCUACAAAUCAAAAUAAUGAGUCUCUAUCGAAGACGGAGACUUCUGCGACGACAGAGCAAAAGGACAAUGCUGAGUUCGAUAAUGAUUUAGCAUCCAUUGUAAAACGUCGACGGAUAAUGGCUGCACGAGCAGCCAUAGAAAGAGAAGAAAAAGAAAAUCUCGAACGUCAGCGACGCUUAGAGUUGGCUCAGGAACAGGCUGAAGAACGUGCGAUCAACGCAGUCACUCGACUUUAUGACACGCGCUCUGCAGAGGCUAAAUGCGUUUUUCGUGUCAACCAAUUGGUUAUGAUCGAUAUUAUCGUCGUAUCUGCUAAUUGGGCCUGCUCUGAUAUAAUGUAUUCAGCUAACCCAUCGAAAGCUCUUCAAGAUGAUGAAACAAUUCCUGAACCAGCUCAUUUAUGUGUACAUAAUGACCAGUUGAGAAUGAUACAACAUUAUGUAGCUCUUGGAGCAGUUGGUAUUUUUAUGAUCGUCCAGAACAAUUGGAUGAAUUAUCAAACUCUUUAUUGUCAAAUGGUGUGGAAAAGUGCCCCUAGUAGUAGUGAAAAUCCUGUCCCAUCAGAAAAUAGUACCACAAAUUUGACUCCAGUAGAUCCAGUGAAAAGUGUUACUCAGAAGCGUAAUCUUAAUGCUGGAGCUGCUUUGGCGGGGGCACUAUUGAAGAACAUUCUUGAUACUGAAGUCCGUUUAAGAUCUGGUGGUCUUGGUGGUGUCCCUGACUUUACAGAGUUUCAAGAACGCAUGGCGCAAGUGCAGACUUCAUAUGGACUAUCACAAGAUUAUUUGAGUGGACAUUUAACAUCAAAAUCCACUUCAUCAUCAACAGGCAGUCAAUCUCCUAACAGAGAAGGACUUGUCAAUGCACUAAUCGAAGUAGCUGAACAUAUAAUUCCACGGUUUUUAAACGUACCUGAUUUAACCAGUAAAGCACAAUUGAAUAGCGCACUGCAAAAUCCCUCAGAUCCUAGUGCAGAUGUCAAAAAUUCAAUGACAACUGAUCAUAUAUCACGUGCCAAAUAUUCAUCUGAUGAAGAAUCUGACUCUUCUGAUACUAAUGAUCAGGAAUUAGAAAAGGCUAUUCUGGAUCCUGAAGCUCAUGAACAACGAACGCGUACGUGGAUGACAGUAUGGCGUAAUGAAGUUCGAAGUGCUCGUACACUGGCUCGUUUAAAUCUUUUACAUGCAUGCUUGGAUGCAUGUGUUCUUUGGGAGAAAUCAGUUGAAGAUGCUCGUUGUCGCAUCUGUCGUCGUAAAACUGAUGAUGACAAUCUACUGUUAUGCGAUGGCUGCAAUCUCGCUUACCAUCUUUAUUGUCUACGUCCACCACUGAAACGUGUACCAGCAGGUGACUGGUUCUGUCCAACCUGCCGACCAGUCUCGCGUGCUCUCGAGAAGCGUAAACGUGAAGAACGUCUAGCAAGAUCAGCGAGACGUCGGAAACGGGCUGUGUCUUCUGAUGAUGAUGAUGACGAUGGGGAAAACGAAUCCGACGACAAUCAGGAUAGUAGUGCUGAAAGCGAGGACAUUCGGACAACUAGACGUCGGAAUCCUCGCCGAGUUAGUCCAUCGAGUCGUCAUCCAGUUGCCUCAAAAAGUAUCAAACAUGACACAUCUUGUCUUGUCUGUUCAGACAGCAUCGGUGAUCUAAUAUCGUGUUCCUGUUGUCCAAAUAUAUUUCAUCUGGACUGUCAUGAACCUCCUUUACAUCAUAUCCCACGUGGAGAUGGUUGGCAGUGUUCAAGUUGUCGGCUGAACAAAAAUCGUACUCUUAUAACGUCUUAUUUUCAAAGCAGAGAUUAUCGUCAGAAAGUCUAUCAAAUGAACUUUAAAAAGCGAACUGUCAGUCCCGAGGAGGAACACAGUGAAGAUGAAUUUGUAAAUAAUUCGCAUUCUACGCGUUCAAUGCGUACUAGAAAUAGAUCACAAAGAAGUGUGGCAAAUUCUGAUACAGAUGAUCAACAACGAUCAAGUUUAGCGUCAUCAGAUGUGGAUAGUCGUUCUAAUAGUCAACAGCCGACAUCAUCUCGUCGUCGUCGUCGAAGUACUUCUCGGUCUGCAUCUGCACUUGGUGCACAAUUGAAAAAUCAUGCAAAACGCAGACGACAUAAUUCUUCUGGUGCAGAAGAUGAUAGUACUACGGAAACAGAACAAAUGGAUGAACAGUCAUCUCAGGCAUUGUGUUCUCAAAUUCUUGAUACUGUGUUCAAGCAUAAACAAUCAUGGCCAUUCAGAAAGCCUGUAGAUAGAAGUCAGGUGCCAGACUAUUAUGAGAUAAUUACUGAUCCCGUCGACUUGUCUAUGAUGCGUGAUUGGUUAUCAGAAGGACGGUAUACUACAGAGAAUGUAUCUGAAGGAUUAGAAAAUUUGGCAAGAGAUUUUGGUACUUUGUUUUAUAAUGCUGAAUUAUAUAAUGCUGCUGACUCAGAUGUUUGGCUAGCUGGAGAGCAAUUGGAGAAUUUCGUAAAAAAUCAAUUUGCUCAAAUGACCAAUGAUGUUGUAUACUCUAGACCGGCGCUCGGUGAUAUGUAA